AUCUUUUUUUUUUCUUUCUUUUCUCUGUUUGUCUACACUUUCUAAAAACAAACAAGAUGAGUGAAUUAUCCAUAACUGAAAAACGACGUAUUGUGAUUGCUUAUGAUGGUACUGAAGACGCUAGUAAAUUAUUUGAUUGGUCUAUCAAAAAUAUUGUCAACCCUAGAACAGAUCAUGUCAUUCUGGUUUCAGCAUUAUCCCGUACAAGUCCUUCUGGAGCAAAAAUUGGUAAAAGUGCAGAGAACUUACCUAUAAUCAGUACUACACCUACUCGUAUCAAUGAAGCUAUUGAACAAGUGAACAAGGAAAAUCAGCCUUUUGCUCGUCCUGUAAGGGAUUUAUUACAAUCUAUGGCUGAUCAACUCAAAAGUUCAAAUAUAUCAAGCGAACAACACGUUUUAUGGGGUGAUCCAAAGGAAGCUUUACCAAAAUAUACUCAAUCUCAUCAGGUGGAUUUACUGAUAGUCGGUUCUCGUGGUUUGAGUACUGUUAAAAGUGUGUUUUUAGGAUCGGUCUCUGAUAAGUGUGUACAUGAAUGCCCUUGUCCUGUUUUGGUUGUACGAAAUGCUACUAUUUAGUAUUUAUAUUUUUAUCUUUUUAUAUUACUUUUUAUAUACUCAUAAUAAAUCAUCCGUCUUUUAUAUGUCA